AUGUCUGGCCUAGGCAUCGACUUUGGACACGAAUCCGAGGCAUACUCUACUGACACUGGCUCCCGCAAAUCGGUCGCCUCUACUUCAACUUCUGGUUUUCACAGUCGUACACGAGCGCACAUGAUUCCCAAGAAAUCGUCCAUGAACAAGAUGCGCGGUCUGCGACCCAAAACCGCCGAAGAAGAUGCUCGACGUGUGCGCAUCGUCUCUGGCGAACCCGACGUGCUGGGACAUGGAGCUUAUACGGACGAAGACUUCUUGUCGCCCUCCAGUGCCGGCGAAGAGAUCGUAACACAGCCGCAUCAGCUUCACAGUCUUAGCGCUGCAGUCGCUGCAGUCGCUGCUAUGGGUGGCUACAGUACGGAUACAGCACCGAGCAGCACCGAGACCGAUAGCGAUCAGAGUCCAACGCUCACCGAGUCCUCCAUCACCAGCGCUUCUUCCGCCGCCAGUAGCGCUAAGAAACACAUUCACCAAGCUGGUCAACCUCAAGUCAACGUUGUGCGUGGCGCGGGGUCUAACCGAGUCAACAAAUCAGCCUCAGCAGCAGCCAAGGGACGACCCGGCUCGGAACAGCUGAUCACAGCUGGUAACAGAUCGAUUCAGAAGUGUACAAGCAACGCAAGUCUUGCCUCGGGCUACCGAUCCGAUGGAGCUUCGAGCCUCGGUAGGUCCGCUGAGAUCCCUCGCGGCGUGGGACGUAACCGCGUCAGCAUCAGAGGUGCUGCAAACCGUCAAGCUACUCUCCAGGCGCGACUUGGACCAAAAAUUUCUGCUCGUGACUCGUCUGCAGCAACAUCCGCCCCAGCUCAACCGUCCACUUCCAGCGCGCAGCGAGAGGUGAUUUCUGAUGACGAGACCGAAGUCCUCGUUCCGGACGGCUUUGGUGGACACAAACGCACCAAACAGCCAAGGUCCAAGGUCGCCAAAUGUGCAGCAACUCCUGGUGCUGCACCCUCCCCCUCUCUCUGUGUGAUCCCCGAGUGGAGUUCCACCAAAUUGGAGCUCUCAGGUGCGCGUGACUGCCAUUCUUGGAUCCAGAUAUGCCCUGUUUCGAUGCAAAGCAGUCUCAGUUCCAGCAAGUCUACUGCGUCCUUGUCGCACUCUCGAACCUUCAGCCAAGGCCCGAAAGCUAGUCUCAUGCAAAGUCCCGAUAUCCAGACCGAGCUGCCUGCUCAGCCUAAUGACCAGCCGCUUCACGUCGAGGGAUCCACAAAGGCAGCUGCACACGAGCAAAAUCUUCGUUCACGCACUUCUCUUGCCAGCGUUUCGAUGCGUAGCAAACGCGGACUACAGGGACUGGAAGAGGCGGAGCGAGGCGAGGCACUAGUCAGCCUGGACCACUACCGCAUGACGUACGAUACCGGACUGCCCAUCCUUCCUCACGAGAUCACGACCCUGGAUCAGGACAGCGUGAUGGGAUCGGCACGACCCGGUGCUGCUCACACCAUGGAAACAUCAGUCAGCCAAACAGGUCUGCCCGCUUCGUCUUCCGUCUCUAAUCAUCUCAACGCGUCACCUGAAAAAAGCGGUGAGAGUGGAGCAUUGAUGACUGGCGCCAAGAUCAGGACCCGUCCACGAAGAAGUCUUUCCGACACCAACCUCAGCAAUGCUCUGCUGGCGCGCCAUGGUACACUUCUCAGUACCAACGCCAACCCGUUGCGCAGAAGCAAGGAGUUAGAUCGACUUCUUGGCAACUCGGACCGCAAGUUGCCUUCGUCUGCCGCCAAGCCGAUGACUAACGAGGCUCAGAUCAAAGCAGGUCUCAAGCGCAGCAAUGCUGUCGCUGCCAACGUGGCGCCACCACCUGCAGCGCUCGAGCAGGGCAAAGCAAGCAAGGCUCGUGUUGAGGUGGAUCUGGUCCUCGAAUCUGACCUAGUCGUCGAAGGAGGGACGUUGCAAGGUCGAAUGCAAAUCCGUGUACGCAAGGGCUCGGAAAAGGAAGGCGGCGUCUUCCUGGCUCAGCCCAAGAUUCGUGUCGUUGGGUUCGAGGAGUUGCUUGCUGACGAUACACGCUACAUUUUCUACCACCACGCCUCAGUCAUCGAUGGCGAUCGCUCCAACAAUGGUCCAAGUGAGCCGUACUAUCUGCAUGGCUCACCCACACUCUCUUCGCCUGAAACGGCACAGUUCUCGGCUCUGGCUUGCUUCUCUGGUGGACCGGAUGCAGAGGGAUAUGCUGAGGGCAAAGUUGGUUCGCACUCAAUCCCGUUCUCGCUCGAACUGCCCGUAUCGAAAGGUGUCAAAGGUAGCUAUCGUGGCAAAAAUGCAGUCGUACGUUACAUCGUCAUUGGAUCGGUCAAGCUCAAGUCCGCUUCUGGUGCCAACCGAUCCAUUGCGCACUUCUACCGACACGUUGACCUGUUCCCCUACCUUAAUCCUGCCGUUGUACUAUCGAGCGCGCCCAAGCCGAUUCAAGCGACCAGUUCCAAGAGCCUCUUCCUCGGCGGCUCUGGCAAGGUACAUCUCAUGGCCAGCCUGCAUCGCAACACUUGGGUAGCGGGCCAGCGUGUCUAUAUCAAUGUCGGCGUUCAAAACGAUACAAGCAAAAAGAUCAAUGGUAUGACGCUCUCUCUUAUUCGCACCGUGACGCUAUACAAGCCGCGCCCGGAGCUCAAUGUGGACGGGAUGGCGUCACGCAGGGACCUGGAUCCGGAUGCAUGCUCGACGUCGACGACACGCAAGAAGAUCGCAGAGGAGGAACUGGAAAUGGGACAAAAAGGCAGUCGAGGUGUCGUCACGGCUCGUGGCUGGUGGACAGGUGUCGAGGCGGGUGAGCGAGUCGAGUCGACUCAUUACAUGCAGAUUCCAGCGGAUGCGCUGUCCAUCUCGCGAGGUCGUCACGUCGAGGUGGUGUACAGCAUCAAAGUCUCGAUCGGCAGUUCGCUCUCUUCCGAUGUGUCGGUGGAACUGCCUAUCCGAGUGAUCAACUUUGUCUCGCUCGACCCGCCGCCUCUGAGGAAAGCCGUCAAUCCAAGAAUCAGCGCCGACGCUACGCGCAGCUGGGCUGCUCCUGGAAGCGUCUUUAGCGAUGCCAACUCUCCAGCCAGCGCCGGCAGCGCUACGGGAGGCGAGUCUGAUCCAAUGGUGGCGCGACUCAAGUCGGUCGAUGCGAUGCGCUCGCCAGGAAAGACCGAGAUCUCGUUGCAGAAUUACAACCAGCAUCCGCAGGCAGCGAGACUUCUCUCUCCUGGUGAAGUCGCAGCUGAACAGACGAGGAGGUUGCAGCAUCAAAAGUCGCUCGAUUUUAUCAACCACGCCAUCCGCAGUGCUGCUGCUCGACGGGGUGUCAAUGUCACACCCACGAUGUCAAGCUCUUCGGCGCGCACGCCUAGCCCAGCAGGGCUUGGAAUCGGACUGGGAAUGCUCGAGAGCUUUUCUGGCUCUGACAGCAACCGAAGCUACAGCCCGGGUGCGAACAGCACCACCCACGUUCUCCCCAGGGCUGACACCGAUCGCUACGAAGAAGGUGACGACACAAAGACACCCAUUGCCACCUCACGCCAUUCAUCGCACGCGCCUCAGCAGUUUUUCCCACCAGGUUGUGAACCGUACGAACAACACCACCAUCAAGCACAUCAAGCUCGCCACGCUGAAACGUACUCUCACCAGCCCGUCACUCUGCACCUUCCGGACGGCAUGCAUCACAUGCAGCAGAUGCAGAUGCAGAUGCAAAUGUACCGAAUGCAGAUGACUAAUCCUGCCUACUUGCAACGCACCAGCCCAGGUGGUGGUGGCGCGGGAUUGCUACCUAUGCUGCGAAUCAACAACACCAACGCCGUAUCGCUCGACGAGAUCGGCGAUGACUACGAUGACGACAAUGAAGAGGCACAGCAACGAGCAAACGAGACAUUGACGUUGAACGACGAAUCCAUGGCCGAGAUGAACAUGGUGAUUGGUUCCGCACAGCUCGACUAUGAAGAGUUUGGUCAGUUUGACGAUAGCAUCCAUGUCAACGAUGUUUACGAGCAUGAAGACGAGCAUCUACCGAUCCUUGAGGAGGCCAAGAGGCGAGAUGGCACCGCAAAGUCCGAAGGCUGGUCGCUCCACCGCAGAGGCUCUGCCGAAGAAGAGGAUGAAGAGCAACGGAUGGCCGAAGAAGAAGCGGAUGACGUUGCGGAGGUGUCUAGCAUCAUGCAGGCCAUCAGCACCGCACCACCCGUCGCACCACAGGAGCAUAGACGCCAAGCUGCUCGUCCUUCUGCUACUUCGGCUUCUUCGACAGUUUUGCCCGUAGCUGCUGUCGAUCGCCAGCUACCUGAAUCUCAUAUUCCUACACGUGGCAACGCUCGCUUCUGCCCCAAGCAAGACGCUUUGGCCCAUGUCACAAAGCCACUCAAUAUCACCAAGGAUCCCACUGGCGGGAGUACCGCCACCUUAUUACCACACCAAGUAGUGCAAGCCAAAGUAUCUACCGAGCAGCUUGGUGACCAGCCUGUCUCUGUCAUAGUGCCGAUUGCGUCACAAGCGUUGAGCGCGGCCAAUCUCAAGCGGCAUUCGGACAACCUCUCGUACCGCUUCCAGCAGCAGCAAGUACAGAAGACGAUGCACGGACGACAUCGUUCCACACAUUCGGUUUCGGGUUUGAAGCCUCUUCUGCUUCAACCAAAGGCGACGAGCGUGGGUGGGUCUUCGGCUGGAUCACGUACGCCUGAUUCUCCUCGUGAGACAGGACGUGAGGAUGGAUUCAAGUCUCCCGAAAGCGUUGCUAGUAACGUGCCUGAGACGGGACAGUCAAAGCAUCCUAAGCUAGAAAGUGCCGACAUGCAAACCGGUCUGCCGCGAUCUUCGACACUUACAUCCAUCUCAAAGACGGUUCAACCACCUACGCUUCGUCAUUCGGAUAGCACGUCUUCGCUGACCAGCCACUCGACUGCGGAACCAGCUGGGGCACUUUCACGCUCUCACUCGACACACAACCUGCGAGGAGCAUGCGUCUUGGUCCCCUCGGUACGCAACAAGAUCGCCAUGUUGGAAUCACGCACUUCCACACUGCGCGAAUUCACCGGCGUGGCAACGACAGUCACUACAGGAAGCAGCCCUGCGGCUAGCCCGAUGAAAUCUUCGGCUUCCACAGGUAAAGUGUCGAUGAUGGCAGAGAGAGUCGAGCGAACCAGCAGCUUGACCCCGUCCGCUUCGGGUAGGUUGGGUAGAAAAGGUAGUUGGAUGUCCACCGCUGAAAGUGAGGAUGGCGCCGGGUCGAUUGUGAGUUCGGUGGUUACUGUGCCCGAGUACAUGAAGACAGUCGCAAGUACAGGUGGAGUGUUUCAUGCACCGAUGCUGAAAAAGUUGCGAUAG